GGGGGCGCGGCUGCGCGGCUGCGGGUGGUGGAAGCGCCGAGCGCUGACUCACUGCUCCCGCUCUCACUCAGCGUUCGACAAUGGCGGCCGUGUGGAGAGCCCGCAACUUUUUGGAUUGUGUCGUUCGUUUCUCCGACCGAGAACUGCAGUAGGUCCGGUAUCGUGUGACGCUGCACUGCCCGGCCCGGCAUCUCCGCGCUGUGAGGCGGCAUGCAGGUAAUAGAUGACUACACUGGUGUCAUUAAUGUUGAACAAAAUGAAAGACCUGAAGAAGCAAACCUUCAGGAGGAACUUAAUGUGUUUCGAGCACAAUGGAUGUCUGAGCUGAAUCCAAAUGGAAGCUCUAUUGGAUCGGAAACGGAACAUGGCAAAAUCUUCGGCCACGGGCUCUCUUUCAAAUCUUCAGGUACCAAAGGAAAACAAGAACUUGCUCGUGAAGAAAAGGCCAAAGAAUUAUUCCUGAAAGCUGUAGAGCAAGAACAGAAUGGAGCAGUUUAUGAAGCUAUCAAAUACUAUCGGCGGGCCAUGCAGCUUGUACCUGACAUUGAAUUCAAGAUCAACUAUACCCAUUCGCCUGAAAGUGAUGGAAGUAGCAAAGUUUACAAGGAAGAUAAGGGGAAGACCAAUGAAGUAACUGAUCUAUUGCCGUACUUUCAACAGCAGCUCAGCUUACAGGACUCACUGCACAAACUUUGUCAACCAGAGUUUGGAGUGAACCAAACACACAUAUCAGAUAUCCCUUUUGAAAUCCUUGUGUAUAUAUUUCGAUGGGUUGUGUCAGGCGACUUGGACCUACGAUCAUUGGAGCAAUUAUCCAUGGUUUGCAGAACAUUCUACAUUUGUGCAAGAGAUCCUGAAAUAUGGCGUUUGGCUUGCCUGAAAGUCUGGGGCAGAGCAUGUAGCAACUCGGUGCUGUACAGUUCUUGGAGACAGAUGUUUCUGGAAAGGCCCCGCGUUCGAUUCGAUGGUGUGUAUAUAAGUAAGACGACCUAUGUCCGUCAAGGAGAGGAAUCGCUGGAUGGUUUUUACAGGGCUUGGCAUCAGGUGGAAUAUUACAGGUAUCUGCGAUUCUUCCCAGGUGGUCAGGUAAUAAUGCUGACCACACCAGAAGAUCCUCAGAGUGUUAUUCCCCGCUUAUGCUGCAAGACUCCAAGAAUCGACGCUGUCCUCUUUGGUCACUUUCGUCUGUCCCAGGAAACCGAUAAUCAAACCAAAGUAUUUGUUGUUCUGGCAAAGAAGAAGAAAGAGGAGAAGGCGCCAGAAUAUCAGAAGUACCGAUAUUACCGUCGAGCUCCUGCUUCUGUUGAGAUUGAGCAUAAUUUUCAUGUUGGGUUACAACUUACUUCCAGUGGCCGACAGCGAUUUAACAAACUGGUCUGGCUUCAUCACUCUUGUCUGGUAAUCUAUAAGUCAACAGGAGAGACUGCCGUUUCCACGUUUGACAUCGAUAAAAUGUACACACCCUUGUUCUUUGCUCGUGUGAAGAGCUUCACAGCAUUUGCUGAAACACCUCUUUAACUUGACCUAAUCUUGUCGGUUUCAAUUUAUAUAUGCAUUGUAAAGUUCCUUUUGCAUGAGUAGAAUGAUAUUAACUCUACUUAAGGAAUUACAAUCUGAGCUUUAAUAGGAUAUUGCUGUGUGAGUGCUUUUUUAAAAAAAAGGUGCUAGGAAUAUUGCAAGAUAAUUAUAUCUGAAAUCUGAAUCAAAGUUUAAAUGCACUGUGUCAUUGAUAUGAAUGCUAUCAUUCAGAAAUCUGUAAUUGGGCUUGGGCUGCAUAAAUAUUAGCAAAUAAACUUUGACGCUGUUCUCAUUGGUAACAAUGUUUUAAUUUUAUUGCCCAUAUAUCAAUAUUGGCAGAAUUUUCACACUGUGUUGCCAGAAUGUAUUCUUCAGUGAAAUGUCUCAUUUUUAUUACAGGUUGAAUAAUUCAUGUUAUUGUGACUUCUGACUUCAAAGCUUUAAUGGAUUUAGAUUUUUUUUUAUAAUGUACUUAAAUUGAAAUUAUGUUUGGAUAUUGAGGUAACUAAAUGUUUUCUUCCAAA